AAUGGCGAUAGCAUCAUGGCGACUACCAGCUGACAUCAGCUGUGUGAAUGACAGAACUUGACCUGGUUUGAUUAUCCAGUGACUGGUGCUCACUGUAUUUGCAAGUAAUUGACAGAAUUUACUGUCAACAAGCUUAUGUUUCGACUAACCUAUCUCUAUUUUGUUUCACCAUUUUUAUUCAUCAUAUUAAUAACAAGUAUCAUAUGUUAAUGAUUUUCAUCUGUCACUUUUCUAUUUCUCAAUGUUACUGAGAAUGCAAUGUCCGCAAGAAGGCGGCGUGUCAAUUCAGACCUAGAUAAUGACUUUUCGACUACUGUUGUAAACAAUUAUCAUACGGUCAAUUCUACAUUUGGUGGACAGAACAAUAAUGGGAGAAUAGAUAAUUGGCAAUCGAAUAACGAAGAUACUGAUUACUUUAUACCCCCAAUCGUCAUGACGUCCAGAGAUAGAAGUCAAGAAUUUUCCAAUGCUGUGAAAACCAUGCAGGGUAGGACUGCCAUCAAAGCUGUUGGCAAAAGUCCUUCCCAAGCUAGGAGUUUCCAAAGUUACAAAGACUUUAUGACGAUUGCCAAAAAUAUAGGAAAAAAUAUUGCCAGUACAUAUACCAAGCUAGAAAAACUUGCAAUAUUGGCAAAAAAGAAGUCGAUAUUCGACGACAGGCAGGUUGAAAUAGAUGAAUUAACUCAUAUUAUUAAGACGGAUUUAAGUAGUUUGAAUAAACAAAUAGGACAGUUGCAAGAAUUAGGGAAGGCUCAAAGAGAAACAUCACCAAAGAGUCGUCACAUAGCUUCACACUCUUCAUCAGUAGUAGUUGCGUUACAAUCCAAACUUGCCAAUAUGUCCAAUCAUUUCAAAAGCGUUUUAGAAGUUCGUACUGAAAACAUGAAAGAAGAGCAACAUCGGAGGCAACAAUUUACACAAGGUCGAGUAACCACUAAAAUGCCUCCGAGUGCAAUGUCAGGUGGACAACAAAGCUCUUUAUUGUUAGAAGAACAAGAUAAUUCUGUUAGUAUAAACUUAGAACCAUCGAUGCAUCAGCAAACACAAAUGGAGAAAUAUAUGCGUGAUGAUACAGAUCAAUAUGUCUCAUCAAGAGCAGAAACAAUGCAAAAUAUUGAAUCAACAAUUAUAGAACUCGGAGGAAUAUUUCAGCAAUUAGCAUACAUGGUUAAAGAACAAGAAGAAAUGGUUGAAAGGAUAGACACAAAUGUUGCUGAUACGGAAUUGAAUGUAGAAGCAGCUCAUACCGAAAUUCUCAAGUAUUUCCAAUCAGUUACAAAUAACAGAUGGUUGAUGAUAAAAAUAUUCGGAGUUCUUAUAUUUUUCUUUAUCUUCUUUGUUGUCUUUCUGGCAUAGUUAAUGAUUUUACAGUAAUGGAAUGAGUAAUUGACUGUUAAAAAUUUGGUGGCAAUUUAUUAAUAUCAUAUGCUAUACGAUGCAAUUGAUAUUAUAAAUACUGUAUAAAUAUACAUUUAUUGCAUUCCUUAUGUCUAAUUUUUCUAAAAUACAUAAUUACAAAAUUGAAAUA